AUGGAUUCUGAAUAUCAACAACGUGUCUCACCUACUGCGUCAAAUAGACGACGUCGUGAAUUGGAUGUAGACCAUGAAUGGGGACGAAGGCGUGGGCGAGGACGUGGUCGAGGUCGUGGUCGAGGUCGUGAUCCAGUUUCGGUAGAAUAUGAUAUUCCCAGUGCCAAUCAAAGUAGGGGCCGAAGCCAAAGACGAGUUGAAGGUUAUGAUAUGCCUGACAUUGCUAUGGAGGAUACCUCUUUACCUGAUUCUCCUCUUGUCCAGGAAGAGUACCUUACUCAUGCUUUUCUAAGUGGACCGACUGAUCCGUCAAUACUGCAGAGUUUCAAUAGUCAUGUGGCUGCAGCUAUUUGGCACGGGGAGUCUAGACUGUCACAGUUAGCUCGUUGCACUUAUCGGUUCGUCAACAAGCUUCUAAUUUCCAGUUUUGUUGAGAGAUGGCAACCUGAGACGAACACAUUUCACAUGACAGUUGAUGAGAUGACCUUGACUCUGGAUGAUGUUGGCACUAUUCUUGGCCUUCCCAUUGUAGGCAAAUCAGUCAGCAUACCAGAUGUGACAGAUCAUCAUGGAGUUACAUUACUCAUUUAUGUCUUGGGGAUUACUGAACGUGCAGCAUAUGAAGAGGUUUCUUCUGCUGGUGGCAAUUCAGUCAGGCUUGAAUGGUUGUGA